AUGAAGGGUCACUUCAUCCUCAUUCUCUUGUCUGCAGCUGGGGCCAUUCUGGACAAUAACCUUAUAGAAAAGCCACACUCGGCAGGAUUUACUAUUCCUUACCUGGUCUAUCUCCAGUCCAAGUCAGGACCCUGUGUAGGGUCUCUUAUCCACCCAGAGUGGGUUUUGACGGCUGCUCACUGCUCCUUACCUAUUAAUAUCCGACUGGGAGUUAUUCAACCAAGCAUCAAAAAUAAGAAAGAACAAACACGGAAUUACUCAUUAACUGUGCCCCACCCUGAAUUUGAUGCAAAAUACCUCAAAAAUGAUCUGAUGAUGAUAAAACUCUCCAAGACUGCUGAUAUCAACAGCAAUGUGGGAACGAUAGCCAUUGCCAUGGAACCCAUGCCAUACAAUGAUUCCUGCUUUAUCCCAACCUGGAUCUGGAAUGAAUAUAGAAAUAACAGUGACGCUGACAUCCUGACAUGGAUAAACGAACAUGCGCUUCCCACACAAGAAUGCCUGAAUAUACUCCAAAAACAGCAACAAGACGUGACUUUGAACAUCAUGUGUAUGGGAAAACCUCUGAUUCCCAUAUCUGAUAUUAAGGAAGUACCAGCGGCGCCAGCCAUCUGCAAUGGGAGGCUGCAGGGAAUCUUGUCUUGGGCCAAAGGCAGCAUCAUCCUAGGAAGCGAAGGAUUCUUUACAGAAAUUCAUCCCUAUGCAAGAUGGAUCAUGGCGAUCAUGAGUAAAAACUGA